GGGCCCCUUCUGGCCCUCACCCACCCCGAGAGGGGCUUUGGCUCUGGGGCCCCGGGACAGGGCCGCAGAGGAGGGGCGAAAGGCAGACGUCCCCCUCCUCCACUCCCCGCGCUCCCGAGCCGCCUCCAGCCUCCCGGGGCGGGAAGCCGGGACUGGCCGCGGCCAGAGUCCGGAGGUGAGGGGAGGCCGGCCGCAACUUCCCCAGUCCACCUUAAGAGGACGAUGUAGCCGGCCUGCGGCUCUGACCUUAGAAAAACAAGUUUGCGCAAAGUGGAGCGAGGGGCCCGGCCUCGGGGCAGCCCCGGCGACGCUUCCACCGUCUCGCAGCUCUCAUCCGCCGGGCGGCGCAGCCGCGGCCCAUGGAGCCAGCCCGCCCGGCCCCCGGCCGCCUCAGGCCGCUGCUCUGCCUGCUGCUCGCCGCGUCCAGCGCCUGGACAGGAGCGGCAGGUGAGGGGGAGCUGCAGGUGAUUCAGCCUGAGAGGUCAGUGUCAGUUGCAGCAGGAGAGACGGCCACUCUGCACUGCACCGUGACCUCCCUGAGCCCUGUGGGGCCCAUCAAGUGGUUCAGGGGAACUGGGCCAGGUCCGGAGUUAAUCUACAGUCAAAAAGGAGAUGUCUCCCCCCGAGUAACAAGUGUUGCAGAUACCACAAAGAGAAAUAACAUGGACUUUUCCAUCCGCAUCAGUAACAUCACCCCAGCAGACACUGGUGUCUACUACUGUGUGAAGUUCCGGAAAGGAGAACAGGGUGACGUGGAGUUUAAGUCUGGACCAGGCACUCAUCUCACUGUGAGCGCCAAGCCCUCUCCGCCCAUGGUAUCCGGCCCUACAGUGAGGGCUACACCUGAGCAGACAGUGAGCUUCACCUGCACAUCCCACGGCUUCUCCCCCAGAAACAUCUCCCUGAAAUGGUUCAAAAAUGGCAAUGAGCUCUCAGCCUCCCAGACCAGCGUGGACCCAGAAGACGACAACGUUUCCUACAGCAUCACCAGCACAGCUAAAGUGCUGCUGGCCACGGGAGAUGUUCACUCCCAGGUCAUCUGCGAGGUGGCCCACGUCACCCUGCGGGGGGGCCCUCCUCUCCGUGGGACUGCCAACUUGUCUGAGACCAUCCGAGUUCCACCCACCCUGGAGAUUACCGGACACCCCUCAGCUGGGAACCAGGUGAACGUCACCUGCCAGGUGAACAAGUUCUACCCCCAGCCUCUACAGCUGACCUGGCUGGAGAACGGAAACAUGUCCCGAACAGAAGCGGCCUCAGUCCUCGUAGAGAACAAGGAUGGGACCUUUAACCAGACGAGCUGGCUCCUGGUGAACUCCUCUGCCCACAGGGAGGCUGUGGUGCUCACCUGCCAGGUGGAGCAUGAUGGGCAGCCGGCGGUCUCCAAAAACCAUACCCUGGAGGUCUCUGCUCCCCAGAAGGACCAGGACACAGGUCAAACCCCUGGCCAGAAUGGCAACAACUGGAACGGCGUCUUCAUCGUGGUGGGCGUGGUUUGUGCCUUGCUGGUGGCCCUGCUGAUCGCAGCCCUCUACCUCCUCCGAAUCAGACAGAAGAAAGCCAAGGGCUCCACUUCUUCUACAAGGCUGCAUGAGCCCGAGAAGAACACCAGAGAAACAACUCAGGUACAGUCCUUGAUCCAAGACAACAAUGACAUCACAUAUGCAGACCUGAACCUGCCCAAGGGGAAGAAAUCAACCCCCAAGGCCAAUGAGCCGAACAACCACACGGAGUAUGCCAGCAUUCAGGCCCGCCCGCCACCCGUAUCUGAGGACACCCUCACCUACGCUGACCUGGACAUGGUCCACCUCAACCGGACCCCCAAGCAACCGGCCCCCAAGCCUGAGCCAUCCUACUCAGAGUAUGCCAGCGUCCAGGUCCAGAGGAAGUGAACAGGGCCGUGGUCAUCUCUAGGGUCUGUCCCCAUGAGCCUUCCUGUCCCACACGGAGCAGCCGUGGUGAGGACAACCAGCCCAGUUCCUGGGGGGCUAGGGUGGCAGAGGCCCUGGGACCCAGAAGUGAGGGUAGCUCUUGUCUCCUCAACCCAGUUGGCUCACCAGCAUUUCCAGGGUAGCCAUGACCCCUCCCAUGUGGCCACACUUGGAGGCUGGUGUUGCCAAACCAGGCGGGGAGCCGGCCUGGGAACUGGCCAGAGCCACUGUGGGUGCGAGAACUCUCACACCUCUGUCCAUCAGCCGUGGGUCUUGGUCACGGUCCUGGAGACCCCGAUUGCCUCCUUGACGUUCCGCGGCUUGAUCUUCCAGAGUGAGGAGGGAGAAAACAUACCUCCUCCUCCCCCCGGCACUACCAGCUGGGGCUUUGGGGAAAGCUGUCCCCUUUAGAUUGAACUGCCUGUCCAUGGGGAAGCUGGACCCACCUCCUGAGACCUGGUGCAGUGGCUGCCAGCAGUCCUGGCCUCCCCCGACCUGGAGUGACCGGCCACAAGCCCUGGGGAGGAGAGGACCCUCUGAGGAACUCCUCCACCACCAAGGACUGUGGGACAGAAACACCCUUCCUCCUCGCAGCCCUCGAGACCUAGAGGACCCGUCAUCUUGACUAUGACGCUCCAUGUGGCCCCACGUCUCCUUUCCAGACCUGAGCUCGCUUCCUCCAGCAAGCACUAACUCACAACAUCUCGCUGUGGACGCCUGUAAAUUAUUGAGAAACGUGAAAUGUGCAAUCUUGAAACUGAGGUGUUAGAAAAUUUGAUCUGUGGUGUUUCGUUCUGUUUUUUUUUGUUUUUGUUUUUCUUAAAACAACAGCAGCGUUA